CUGGAGAUUCCACCACCAAUUCCGAGAUCCCAGCAGGUUUUAAGGACGUGGGUCAUUGACGAUUUCGACAUAGGUCGACCUCUAGGAAGAGGAAAAUUUGGAUCUGUGUUCAUUGCCCGUUCGAAAGAAGAGAAAAUUGUCGUCGCAUUAAAGGUGCUCUUCAAAGACCAAAUUAAGAAGCACAAUGUAAUGCAUCAGGUCAAACGUGAGAUUGAAAUACAGUACCAUCUGCGGCAUCCUAAUAUUCUACGGUUGAAGGGCUAUUUUCAUGACCAACAACGUGUAUAUAUUAUUUUGGAAUUCGCCGACGGUGGGGAGUUGUACGAUCGUCUGAAGAAGAAGGGGAAGCUGGAUGAGCCCGAAGCUUCCAAAUAUGUUCGUCAGUUGGCGGAUGCUCUCAGCUAUUGCCAUGCUAAACGAGUCAUUCACCGCGAUAUAAAGCCUGAGAAUAUCCUUCUUGAUAGGAAGGGAAAUGUAAAGAUCGCUGACUUCGGUUGGGCUGUCGUAUCUGCUCAUUCACGCCGUGAGACCAUUUGUGGCACUUUGGAUUACCUGCCUCCGGAAAUGAUACAUGGGAAAACCCAUGACCACACUGUUGACAAUUGGGCUAUUGGUAUCCUUUUAUAUGAGAUGCUCGUAGGACGACCACCGUUUGAAUUUCCCGACAGGGAUAAAACGUUGUUAGCAAUUACGACUUGUAGACUUAUAAUUCCAAAGUGGGUCAGUGAAGGUCCGAGUGAAUUGAUAAGACGUCUGGUGGUGAAAGAACCAAGCAUGAGGUCAUUUUUUCUCUUAGCAUCGGGAAAUGGAUUAUCACUGUUUGUGAACAUUUAA